UGGCAUCAAGACACGAAAGGGAAUCUGCAUGUAUUUCCACAAAUACAUCAACAGAAAAUUCAACGGUAUGUCCAAUCUGUUUUGAAAUCUUUAAAUAUCCGAGAUAUCUUCCCUGUCUCCAUACUUUUUGUUAUGACUGCCUACUGUCCUACAUUGUGACGGCAUGUAAACAAAAAGAGGCUCCAGUAGGAUUUCAGUGCCCGCUGUGUAGAAUCUUUGUUCCUGCACCUGCAUUUCCGGCAUUGCCUGAAAAGUGGAUGGAAUUGAUCCCCGUCAACAAGUCAAUUCAAGCAUUAGUUGCAAAGGGUGACGAUAAAAGGUUUUGUGAUGCGUGUAGGCGUGAAGACGAGGAAGAAAUCGCAACUGAUUGGUGUAAAGCGUGUAUGGAGACACUAUGUGUGAGCUGUAAAAAGUAUCAUAAAAAGAACCUUGUUAGUCGCGAACACAAAGUAAUUCCUUUUGCAGCCCUGAAAGAAAAUGCUAUUAAUGACUUGGACAGAAAUGAAACUCUUGAACAUUGUGGUAUACACCAAGAAAAAAUUAAAUAUUUUUGUGAAGACCACCAGGAAACCUGUUGUAUGCAUUGUGUGUGUACACAACACAGAACUUGUGCACAAGUUGUCACUAUAGAAAAACAAGCUCAGAAUCUCAUAGACUCACAAAAAGUUAACAAGUUAGUUAAUAAAAUCCAACAAUACACAGAAGUUCUCGAAAAGGUACAAAAGGAUGGGGAAAACAAUAGGGCAGAGAUAGACAAAGCUUCAGAUGACCUGACAAAACAAUCAACUGAGCUGAAAACAGAAUUAAUGACACAGAUUGAUGUUUUGUUUGAAAAACAUUUGAACGAAAUAUCCAGAGUUACCAAAGAGUGUAGAAAGACACUAACAGAGUCAGUGGGAGGUUUCUCAGAUCGUAAACUACUUGGAGACUCUUAUGUGAAGACACUUGAAAAUAUAAAAGAAGGUGGAGCAUCAAUUGCUCUUGUAGUUGAGUACUAUAAGAUCAAAAAACAUAUUUUUAAAGUUGCUGAAUCUGAGAUUUCUCAGAUAGAAUUUCAUUUGAAGCAAGAUGUUCACCAAAAAUUUCAUGAAAUUUUGAAGCUUUCUACAUUUGCAAACCUUACUCUCGGUAAACAGUCAAACCAAUUUCAUUUUGAUAUGAAUGGUUUGAAACGGGAUUCAUUAAAUUUGAUUCGUGAAUUUGAUCAUUCUGAUGGUGACAUUACUGGAGGGUGUUUUCUGCCAAAUGGAGAUGUUCUUGUUGUUGACUCACAAGAAAUGAAACUUGCUCACUACAGUAGUGUUGGAGAAUUUGUAAAAAAAAUUUCUCUGUCGUUCUACCCAGAUGAUCUGACAUUGAAAGAUGAUUCGAAUUCCCGUCAUUUAUUCAUUACAUCCUCUUGUAUGAUAGGGGGUCGUGGAAUUCACAGUGUAAGUAUAUCUCCCAAUAAAACAAAACUGUUGAAUAUAUCACAUUUUGAAUGUGACGAAGCCAGUAAGUAUUUUGGAAUAACUUUUAGGUCUGGCUUUAUAUAUAUUGCCUGUGGUAAAAGUAUUUUAAAAAUGGACACAGAGUACAAUGUUAUAUCAAACCUCAAAACCGAAAGAGACACACGUUCAGUCGCAGUGAACAGAAACAACCAUAUAAUUUCUUCUUCAUGCUCUUCACAUAGUGUUACAUCCAUAAAUGGAAUGGGGGAAACACUUUUUCGCUACACUCACCCUGAUCUCAAAUAUCCCUAUGGCUUGGACGUGGACUAUGAAGGAAAAAUCUAUGUGUGUGGAAGAGAUAGCAAUAACAUUCAUAUUCUUUCACCAUCCGGAGAGUUACUACAAAUUAUAAAGACUUCAAAACCUAACUGUAUUAAAUUUAAAAGGGAUUCGCGUGUAUGUUUCAUUGGGUCUUACAAAUCGUGCAAGACAAAACUAUGCGAAUUUAAAGCUUCUGAAAAUUGACUUUAAAGGUACAACUCACCCGACCCCAAUCCAUGCUCCUAUAACCUUGACCAGGACUGUGAGGGAUAUAAUUUUUGUGACUGGAAGAUACAGCAAUUAUUUUCAUUUUCUCUCACCGUCUGAAGAGUUACCAAAGAUCACAUACAGACAUCGAUGCCUACAUACAGGCUUGUUGGAAUGUAAACCAAUCUGUAUUUUAGAAGGACUUGCAAAUUUCAUUGAAUCUUACAUAUCAUGUGGGUGAAAAAAAAGGUCUGCGAAUUUUUGAGUAUCUAUCUGAAAGUUGACAAAAGAACUAGAAAGAAAAUUUGUAUAUGUGAUUUAGUUCUGUGUUGAGUUGCACAUUAUAAUUGUCAAGGAAUUUGUGUCAUGUUUAUAUUUUAAUUAAUGAU